AUGCAUCGCUACGCCUUCCUCGCCCUGCUCCCGGCCGUCCUCGCCAAGGUGCCCCUUGUGGCCCGCGCCGGAGUCACGACCACGCUGCCGGCCAGCGCGGGCGCCACUGCCACGUCGGCGCCCAUCACCGUCAAAGCCGGGCAGACGUACGACGGCAAGAUGAAGAACUUUGAUCGCUCCCCGAGAGUCUGUGCUGAGCAGACGGAGACGGGUGAGGAUGACGCCAUGUUCAUUCUCGAGGACGGUGCCACUCUCUCCAACGUCAUCAUUGGUCCCAACCAGGCGGAGGGUGUCCAUUGCAGGGGCACUUGCACCCUGAUCAACGUCUGGUUCCAAGAUGUCUGCGAAGAUGCUAUCACCCUCAAGCAGUCGAGCGGCACGUCCCGGAUCAUCGGCGGCGGCGCCUUCCAUGCCGACGACAAGAUUGUGCAGUUCAACGGGUUCGGCACGGUGGAGAUCAGCGACUUCUUCGCGAGCGACUACGGCAAGGUGGUGCGCAGCUGCGGCAACUGCAAGGACAACGGCGGGGCGCGGCACAUCGUCAUCGACAACGUCGUCGCCGUCGACGGCGGCGUCCUCUGCGGCAUCAACACCAACUACGGCGACACCUGCAAGAUUUCCAACAGCUGCCAGGACGACGGCAAGAGCUGCGACCGCUUCACCGGCAACAACAGCGGCAAGGAGCCCACCAAGAUCGGCAGCGGUCCCGACGGCCAGUUCUGCACCGUCACCAACCUGUCCAAGAGCUGCUAA